GGAAGAUGGCGGCGGUAGCGGAGGUGUGAGUGGACCCUGAUCUCUGCAGCUGGAUUUUCUCUUCUUCCUCCCCUUUUCGUUUCCCCUGAGGUUGGCAUCGAGGGGGCUGAGUUCAGGUGGCGGCCCCGGGCGCAGCGCAGGGGUCACGGCAACGGCGGUGGCGGCGGCUGACGCCUGGAAGGGCAGGGUUCCCUCGCCGCUCGUCCUCCUUCCCCGGUCCGCUUGGUGUCAGGAGCGGCGGCGGCGGCGCGGCGGGCGGACUUCGUCCCUCCGCCAGCUCCCUCCGGCACCGGAGCAGGCACUCCUUCCUUCGCCAUCCCCCGACCCUUCACCCGAGGGACUGGGCGCCUCCUCCGGCGCAGCUCAGGGAGCGGGGGCCGGUCUCCUGCUCGGCUGUCGCGCCUCCAUGUCGGAUAACCAGAGCUGGAACUCGUCAGGCUCGGAGGAGGAUCCGGAGACGGAGUCCGGACCGCCCGUGGAGCGCUGCGGGGUCCUCAGCAAGUGGACAAACUACAUUCAUGGGUGGCAGGAUCGUUGGGUAGUUUUGAAAAAUAACACUCUGAGUUACUACAAAUCUGAAGAUGAGACAGAGUAUGGCUGCAGAGGAUCUAUCUGUCUUAGCAAGGCUGUCAUCACACCUCAUGAUUUUGAUGAAUGUCGAUUUGAUAUUAGUGUAAAUGAUAGCGUUUGGUAUCUUCGUGCUCAAGAUCCAGAUCAUAGACAGCAGUGGAUAGAUGCUAUUGAACAGCACAAGACUGAAUCUGGAUAUGGAUCUGAAUCCAGCUUGCGUCGACAUGGCUCAAUGGUGUCCCUGGUGUCGGGAGCAAGUGGCUAUUCUGCAACAUCCACCUCUUCAUUCAAGAAGGGCCACAGUUUACGUGAGAAAUUGGCUGAAAUGGAAACCUUUAGAGAUAUCCUAUGUAGACAAGUUGAUACUCUACAAAAGUACUUCGAUGCCUGUGCUGAUGCUGUCUCCAAGGAUGAACUUCAAAGGGAUAAAGUGGUGGAAGAUGAUGAAGAUGACUUUCCUACUACACGUUCUGAUGGAGAUUUCUUGCAUAAUACCAAUGGCAAUAAGGAAAAGGUAUUUCCGCAUGUGACACCAAAAGGAAUUAAUGGUAUAGACUUCAAAGGGGAGGCAAUAACUUUUAAAGCAACUACUGCUGGAAUCCUUGCUACACUUUCUCAUUGUAUUGAACUAAUGGUAAAACGUGAGGACAGCUGGCAAAAGAGACUGGAUAAGGAAACUGAGAAGAGAAGAAGAACAGAGGAAGCAUACAAAAAUGCCAUGACAGAACUUAAGAAAAAAUCCCACUUUGGAGGACCAGAUUAUGAGGAAGGCCCAAACAGUUUGAUUAAUGAAGAAGAGUUCUUUGAUGCUGUUGAAGCUGCUCUUGACAGACAGGAUAAAAUAGAAGAACAGUCACAGAGUGAAAAGGUCAGGUUACAUUGGCCUACAGCCAUGCCAUCUGGAGAUGCCUUUUCUUCUGUGGGGACUCAUAGAUUUGUCCAAAAGCCCUAUAGUCGCUCUUCCUCCAUGUCUUCCAUUGAUCUAGUCAGUGCCUCUGACGAUGUUCACAGAUUCAGCUCCCAGGUUGAAGAGAUGGUGCAGAACCACAUGACUUACUCAUUGCAGGAUGUUGGUGGAGAUGCCAAUUGGCAGUUGGUUGUAGAAGAAGGAGAAAUGAAGGUAUAUAGAAGAGAAGUAGAAGAAAAUGGGAUUGUUCUAGAUCCUUUGAAAGCUACCCAUGCAGUUAAGGGCGUUACCGGACAUGAGGUCUGCAAUUACUUCUGGAAUGUUGACGUUCGCAAUGAUUGGGAAACAACUAUAGAAAACUUUCAUGUGGUGGAAACAUUAGCUGAUAAUGCAAUCAUCAUUUAUCAAACGCACAAGAGAGUGUGGCCUGCUUCUCAGCGGGAUGUGUUAUAUCUUUCUGCCAUUCGAAAGAUACCAGCCUUGACUGAAAAUGACCCGGAAACUUGGAUAGUUUGCAACUUUUCUGUGGAUCAUAACAGUGCUCCUCUUAACAAUCGAUGUGUCCGUGCCAAAAUAAAUAUUGCUAUGAUUUGUCAAACCUUGGUAAGCCCACCAGAGGGAAACCAGGAGAUUAGCAGGGACAACAUUCUAUGCAAGAUUACUUAUGUAGCUAAUGUAAACCCUGGAGGAUGGGCACCAGCCUCAGUGUUAAGGGCAGUGGCAAAGCGAGAGUAUCCAAAGUUUCUAAAACGUUUUACUUCUUACGUACAAGAAAAAACUGCAGGAAAACCUAUUUUGUUCUAGUAUUAACAGUGACUGAAGCAAGGCUGUGUGACAUUCCAUAUUGGAGGAAAAAAAUAAAAAACAAAAUUGGACACUCUAAGCUGGAACAUAGGAUCUACAGCCUUGUCUAUGGCCCAACACCUUGGCCUUGUGUGCGAAAAUGAAGAAGUACUGCAAUAGCAAAGCUGAACACCUAAACACUAGCUGUCUCCUGCUAGGUCUCCUCGCUCAGCAUAUAACUAUAAAUACAUGUAAAACUA